UCCUGAACUGCUCCACUUCAAAACUGCUGGGCAAGAAAAAGAUUUUCAGCAAAUCCCCCCAGCCCUCCAACCCUGUGCAAGGCCUGGCCUGGCCAACUCAAAGGACCCGGAACACAGCCAGCAGGGAGCCUGGCACCCACCCUUCCACCUCAGUGUCCUUGCGGAGUCUGACAGCCUCAGACUGACACUUGAAGGUGUCUUUCCUCCACGAAGGUUUCCAGAAGAGGCACCAUGUGAGGGCAUGAAGUAGCUCCAGUGCUUAGCAGGAAGAGGAAUUGGGAACCAAGAUCCAGCCUCCUCAGCCUCCAGGAAGACCCCGGCCAGCCCCUCACAGAGCUCAGAGAACUCAACUUUGAGGAUGGAGCCAGGAGGGGUGUCCUCAAUGCCCCCAGCCCCCAUUGCCACCCGGGGGGAGCCAGAUGCUGGGCCUAGCGGCUCCUCCCCGGAGCAUCCAAGCACAGACCCGGGGAAGCUCCGAGCGCUCCCUGUUGGGCCUGGAGCCCACUGCGGUGACCCUGCCUCCGGGAGCCCUGGCAGCCAGGCCUCUGCGGGGGACGCGGGCUCUGUGAGCGAACCCAGCAGCGGCACUAAGAUCCCUAACCGGGACAGCGGGAUAGACAGCCCCUCCUGCAGCGUGGUCGGCGAGCACUUCUCCUGCGAGGACGGCAGCGAGGCGGGCCCAGGCCCCACCAGCAAAGGGCUGCACCUGGAGACAGCCCCAGGUGGCAAGGCCCCACGGGAGGAGGCCGAUAGCGAUAUGGGCGAGGGCAGCAGUGAGGAGCCAGACCCCGAGAAUAGCCCCUUGAGGGCUGACGCGGAUCCAGCCAAGUGCGCUGAGCCCCAGAAGCUGCUCCACAUUGCCCAGGAGCUGCUGCAUACUGAGGAGACCUACGUGAAGCGUCUACACCUGCUAGACCAGGUUUUCUGCACCCGACUGAUGGAAGCAGGGAUCCCUUCGGAAGUCACCACAGGCAUCUUCUCUAACAUCUCCUCCAUCUAUUGCUUCCACGGGAAGUUCCUCCUUCCUGAGCUGCAGACACGGAUCAUGAAUGAGUGGGACACAAACCCCCGGCUUGGAGACAUCCUGCAGAAGCUGGCCCCAUUCCUCAAGAUGUAUGGUGAAUACGUCAAGAACUUUGACCGGGCCGUGGAGCUGGUGAGCACCUGGACCCAGCGCUCACCGGUAUUUAAGGACAUUGUCCAAGGCAUCCAGAAGCAGGAGAUGUGCGGAAACCUGACACUGCAGCACCAUAUGCUGGAGCCCGUGCAGAGGGUCCCCCGCUACGAGCUGCUGCUCAAGGACUAUCUGAAGAGGCUCCCAGAGGAUGCCCCCGACUGGAAGGAUGCAGAGAGGUCCUUGGAGCUCAUCUCCACAGCUGCCAACCACUCCAACGCUGCCAUUCGGAAAAUGGAGAAAAUGCACAAGCUCUUGGAGGUAUACGAGAGACUGGGUGGGGAGGAGGACAUCGUCAACCCUGCGAACGAGCUGAUCAAGGAGGGCCACAUCCAGAAGCUAUCAGCCAAGAAUGGCACGACCCAGGACCGCCACCUCUUCCUGUUCAACAGCAUGAUCCUUUACUGUGUGCCCAAACUGCGGCUCAUGGGCCAGAAGUUCAGUGUCCGGGAGAAGAUGGACAUUUCCGACCUCCAGGUGCAGGAUGUCGUCAAGUCAAAUGCAGCCUACACAUUCAUCAUAACUGGAAAGAAAAGGUCCCUGGAGCUACAAACUCGGACAGAAGAGGAAAAGAAAGAAUGGAUUCAGGUCAUUGAGGCCACCAUUGAGAAGCACAAGCAGAACAGCCAGACUUUCAAGGCCUUCAGUGGCUCCUUCGGCCAGGAUGAGGAUUCCUCCCUCACUCCAGACCCGCCUAUGGUGAGCGCCAACUCAGAGGUGCCUGCAGCGGUAGCCACUGGUGGAGGGGGUGCUGCAGGGCUUGAGCCCAGGAGAGGGUCGUCUAAGACCAGACGUGACAAGGAGAAGCAGGGCUGCAGCAGCUGCGGCGAGACCUUCAACUCCAUCACCAAAAGGAAGCACCACUGCAAGUUGUGCGGGGCGGUCAUCUGUGGGAAGUGCUCCGAGUUCAAGGCCGAGAACGGCAGGCAGAGCCGUGUCUGCCGAGAGUGUUUCCUGACCCAGCCGGUGGCCCCCUCGAGCCCCAGCCUCGAGGAGCCCUUGGAGCCCAAGCAGAGCACAGAGAAGCCAGCCACGGUGGACCCCCCGCCCAGCCUGCUCUGUGGCCCCCUGCUGGUGUCGGAUGGCGGCACAGCCUGGAGCAAGGUGUGGGCUGCCAUCUCUGAGUCGGACUCCCUGGAGUUGGUGCUGCACCUUCGAGGCGGCAGCCAGGAUGGCCAGCUGCUGCAUGCCAUCCCCCUCUCUGGCUGCAGGGUGAGUGUGCCAGACCCCGCAGAGAGGCUGGAUGCUGGACACAUGUGGCAGCUGCAGCAGGCCCAGCAGUCUUUGUACCUGAGUGCCCCGUCCGCCGAGCUGCAGCAGCAGUGGUUGGAGGCCCUGAGCUCAGCAGCCCACGGGCAUCUGGCCCAGGCCAGCCCAGGGGCCCAGCAGCCCCAGGCCCCAGCUGCCCCAUGAGCUGAGUCUCUGCCGUGUCUCCUAGCUGAACAGCCACCGUGGCAGGGCCUGUACUCAUCUGAGAGGUGGCAUCAGGCCACAUGCAGGCAUGAAGGGAGCCUGGAUUGCUGAGGGACCAACAGGCCACAUAGCACUUGGCCCUGGAGGGUUCCUCCAUGUCAGAGAGGAGAAAAGUGAGGCCCAAACAGGGGCAGCCAAUUGCCCAGGGUCACCCAGCACGUCCCUCAAAGACCCGGGCCUCUGCCUGUAGGCCCAGAAGUGUGGCCCAGAGUGAGGCGUGGGGUGACUGUCAAGAAAACUCCGAGUGGGCAGUGAGGGGUCAUCUGCGCCGGAAGACAGAAGGAGCUCAUGGGUGGUGCCCAGGGACACCUGGUGGAUGUCUGCAGUCAUGCCACCCCUCCUGAUGGUUGCCCACCCAUCUAUACCAUCUACAUCCAUGUGAGCUGAACCAUAUUGGCCCCCUGGACUCCUCCUCUCUCCUCUUUCCUCUCCCGGGGACUGGGCACACCCUGUGCCACCUCGUAGCUCGCCACCCCAUUUGGAGAUGCCCAAGGGAGCGAGUGGUGGGUUCCUGAAUAGCCAUGCUGCGAAACUACAGGGGGACCACACAGGCGUCGUGAUUUGUGGCCUGAGAUUUGUGCCUGCCUCCCCUGGUCGGUGGUGGACAGUGCUUAUCUACAUAAAUAAAUGCUGGCAGCCAA